CAUCCCUAGGCAUCGUAGGACCCGCGCCCAUUGAUCACCUUUUGCGGUAUAUAAGAAGCCGUCCGCAACGAAAAAAAGACUGCUCUUUUCCCCUCGUGACGCUACCGAGGCGAGCAAGCGCUACGGCGCGGACCUUACCAGCUCCUGGGCAGCAGGCGAGCUCGCCGCCACAGACGCCGCGACGCGCAGCUCUCUAAAGAUGAAUGGCUACCCGCCGCCCCCGCCGCCCGGCCCACCGCCGCCCUCAAACGUCAUGGCGCCGCCGCCGCCGCCACCACAACCCUACGGCUACCCGCAGUACCCGCCGCAGCAGUACCCGCCUCAAAUGAUGCCGCCGCCGAUGCAGAUGCCCUACGGCUACCCGCCGCCCCAGCCCUACUAUGCACCACCACCCCCGCAAAUGGCGCCGCCCGCGCCGCCGCCGUGGCCCGCCGACGCGCCGCUGCCGGAGCAAUUGAAAGAUCUGCCGCGCACCAUCGGCGCGCAGAUUAUGAGUAGAGUCGGCCUCGCGGGCGUGUCUCCGAGAUUGGUGGAGACGCUGAAAAGCAUGGACGAACAAAGAGCAUUAGGUGCCGUCGCCGAGUGCGCCCAGGUCGUUUCCCGAGUACCGGAAACGCAGCGCGAGUUCGCGUUUGCCGACGUGAUUAUGAGGCACAACGGCGGCGUCCUCGCGGCGACGCCGGCCAACUCUACUCCUCUGGUGUCGCAGCCGGCGCCGCCGCCCGGACCGCCGCCGCCCGCGCCCGUGGCCCAGCCGCCGCCGCCGCCAGAAAACGACCCGGAGAUCGCCCAGCAAUUGCAACUCGUGACGCAGCAGCAGUCCCGCAGUCUCAUCGACGUGUCGCUCGCCGACCCCAAUAGGAUCUCCAAGAACCUCGUGCCAGGGGAGAUCUGGUCCGUGUCGCGCGACGGCCGCGACCUGGCCCUCGACGCCAAGGCCAAGAAGAAGCUCUGGAAGAAGCUCAAAAGGGAAGUUAUAUAUAGGCCGUCGCCCGAGGAACAGGAAGAAAAAAAGAAACAAAAGGAGGAAAAAGAUAUCGAUGAAUACCGGAACUCCGACGAGUACAAACUCAGAGUAAGACGCGACUUCGACGACUUGCUGCCGUUGCUGGCCCAGCAGGCCAAAGAAUUAAGGGGGCCGAAGCCGGGAAACCCGGAACAAAGCAUCGAACCGAGCUGCGCCGACGGCGACCCGACGCGGCAAGACCUCUUCAUGGCCAAGGUCCACAGCGCGCAGGUAGCCAUGGCGCAGCCGAACCCUCUGAUGAUCGAGAACGGCUCGGCCACGCUAGAUGGAGAUCCGGCGACCCUCGGGGCUUCGGCCGCCGCGGUUAUAAUGAGAGAGAAGCCGGACCUCUUCAAGGAGGAGGUCAAAGAGGUCGUCAUGAAGAAGAAGAAGGAGCGGUCGCGGCGGCGGUCCGGCUCCUCUGAUUCCUCGGACCGGGACCGGUCGCGGCGGCGGCGAAGAAGGCGGUAGGUCUCUUCUUAAAGUAUCGGUACU